GGGGAAGAGGCACUGCACCGGGCCACGUCCCUGGAAGAUUAGGGUCACCCUGUCCUGCCAGGCGGAGGGCGGAGAGGCCUGGUAGGCCCUGCUGCCGAGCCAGAGGUCCUGCCGGGCUGUAAAGCCGUUUUCGGUCCAGGUCGCUGCCGGAGCUUCCCAGAGACACCUGACCUAGAACCCGCGCAGGCCUCACCUUCUCCUCGCCCCGCCCCUCCAUUCCCGCAUUACGCACGCACGCACGUACGCACGCACGCAGUGGUUUCUACGCCUCGUCCCUGCCCGCGGCGCGCCGUAGGCCGGGUCCUGGGGGUGGGCGUGGCCGCCGCUUUCCUCUCUGGGCUGGGGCAGCUCCGCCCGGAAGCGCUGGCUGCGGCCGGGUGCCUGGCUCCGCUCGCGGGGGAGCUGGGCAGAGGGCACUCCUGUCCCAGCUUGGCUGGGAGACGCAUAAGGUUGCUCGGGAACGUCGCGAAGUGACUGUGGGAUGCCUUUCUUCACCUUUUAUCAUUUAGUAAGCUGCAUGGCGUAAAGGUCUUGAACAGAGUGAGAGAAGUUUUCUUAACUGAGAAGCCAAGUACGUGUUAGGAAAGCUCUCCAAGGAAAGUAGAGUUCGGAAGGAAGCAUCCGAAAUUCCAAUUACUGUUUAUGAUAGCAGGCACACAGUAAUGCAUACAUAGAUCUGUUCCCUGCUUCAUGGAGUUUACGGUCCACUGAGGGAGGGCAAUAGUCAUGUAGCCACAAAAUUGUGAUUGUGGUAAGGAACUAAACAAGAAUGUUCCGAAAGAUGCUGUAGACUGAUCUGACGAUUCCGAAAUCAAGAGAAGAGUACGGUUAUUCCAGAAAACUGAAUGGCCAGCAUGGUUUUCGCAGAGAGUCUGGAGAGGGGAACCUGCUGAAACUUGAUUUCAUUGGAGAGGAUUUUUUUCUUCUACACUUAUUAGCUGCCAUUGUCUAAAGAAGACCUAUUGAUCGGCUGGGAUGAUUACAGUUCUUCCUAAAAAGGAUGGCUGCACUUUUUCUAAAGAGAUUAACGCUACAAACCAUAAAGACGGACACUAAUUGCGUUAGAUGUCUUGGUAAACACAUUGUGCAAAAGACAGCACCCACACAGUUGUCUCUUACUGCUGCUGCCCCAAGACUGUCCUAUUUAAUUCAUACAGAAGCUUUCAGCACUGUUGAAGACCCCCAGCAUGAAAGAAAAAAGAAAACGAAGACUGAAACAGCUUUCAGUAACGUCGGAAGAAAAAUUCAUGAGCGAAUUAUUCAUGUCUUUGACGAGAAGGGCAAUGAUUUGGGAAACAUGCACCGAGCCGAUGUGAUUAGACUGAUGGACGAGCGAGAACUGAGACUGGUUCAGAGGAACGCCAGCACAGAGCCCCCGGAGUACCAGCUCAUGACCGGGCUCCAGAUUCACCAAGAGCGACUGCGGCUUCGGGAGCAGGAGAAGGCUCGACCCAAAACUGAACCAACCCUGAUGAAGGAAUUAACUUUUUCUUCAAAUAUUGGACAACAUGACUUGGACACAAAGAGUAAACAGAUUCAGCAGUGGAUUGAGAAAAAAUACCAAGUUCAAAUUACUAUAAAGAAAGGGAAAAACGUAGACGAGCCAGAAGAGAAAACAGUAAGUAAAAGCAGGAGGCAAUAUUUAACCAGAUACUCCAGACUAUGCCUGGAAUUGCUACCUUCUCAUCCAGGCCACAAGCUGUUAAAGGAGGAAAAGCUUGGAUGUGUGUCCUUCGUCAUUUGAGCAAAAAAGAA